AUGAGAAGGGUUGCUAAUAAUAUCCCGGGGUUAAACGUCGAUGGCAAGUGGAUUUUCAAGCCCUCAGAAGUGAAAAGAGAAGUUCGCCAUUUUUUUAAGCAACGGUUUGUUGAGGAGAUGCCUGACCGUCCGACUUUGGAGUGCUAUGGUAUUAAAAACUUGUCUGAUGUCGAAGCCGAGAAUAUUGUGGUUCCAUUUUCUGAAUUGGAAAUCAAAGAAGCUGUGUUCGAUUAUGGGAGCGAUAAGGCACCGGGUCCGGAUGGUUUUAAUUUCCGAUUCAUAAAGCGGUUCUGGCCGGUUUUAGCUAAUGAUUUUGUUAAGUUGUUGCAGAAGUUUUUUGAAACAGGGAGAUUUAUUCUUGAUGGACCGCUUAUCAUUAAUGAAAUAUAUUCCUGGGCGAAAAAGACCGGCAAAGAAUUAUUCUUUUUUAAAAUUGACUUCGAGAAAGCUUAUGAUAAUAUCAAUUGGAGGUUCUUGAAAUUGAUUAUGAAGCAAAUGAAUUUCCCGGAUAGAUGGUGUAAUUGGAUCAAGGGUGUGUUACAUUCGGCUCGUUCAUCCGUUCUUGUGAAUGGAUCUCCUACGUUCGAGUUCAAUUGCGAAAAGGGUAUUAGACAAGGUGAUACUAUCUCGCCUUUUUCAUUUUUGAUCGUUAUGGAGGGUUUGUCUUCGAUGCUUAGGAUGGCUUGUGAUAAUGGUAUGUUUGAUGGGGUGCAAUUGAAUAAUGAUGGCCCUAUUAUAUCUCACCUUCUAUAUGCCGAUGAUACAAUGGUUAUGGGCAAAUGGUCUCAAUUCAACUUUAAUGUUUUGAAGAGAAUUCUUCGAAUAUUUCAUUUGUGUUCCGGCCUUCGAAUAAACUUGCACAAGUCGAAUUUAUUUGGGAUAGGGAAGAGUGUGGAGGAGAUUGAAGUUUGCGCAAAUGGGAUGGGUUGUAGAUCGGGGGUUUUUCCAUUCAAGUAUUUGGGAAUUUUAGUGGGCACCAAUAUGAACCGAAUUAGUAAUUGGGAUUCGGUGGUUGAUGUAUUCAAAAAGCGCUUAUCUUCUUGGAAGGCAAGUGUGGUUUCUAUUGCAGGUAGUGUUAUUCUUAUCAAGUUGGUUCUUGAAAGUUUACCGUCGUGUUAUUUCUUAUUGUACAAAGCCCCGGUCACGGUUAUUAAUAAGCUUGAGGUUAUCAUCAAACGUUUCCUAUGGGGAAGAUGUGAUGAAAAGAACAAGAUACAUUGGGUCGCUUGGGAUAGAGUUACGAAAAGUAUAAAAGAUGGAGGAUUGGGUCUCUCCAAGUUGGAAGAUAAUAAUUACGCGAUGCUUUUGAAAUGGUUGUGGAGAUAUCGAGUAGAAAACGGGGCGCUUUGGAGGAAGUUUGUGGACGCUAUACAUGGUUCGAAUAGAAGAUGUGAAACAAUUCAGUGUAAUAAUCGCUUCUCAGGCGUUUGGUCUAGAUUGGUGAAAGUCGGCUAUAGUCUUAAAGUGAAUGGUAAUGGCUUUGUCAAUAUGGUCCGAGGGGUCGUGGGCGACGGUUCGACUAUUAAAUUCUGGAUUGAUCCUUUGCAUACGACGGAACCGUUAAAGAUUAAAUUUCCUUCUUUGUUUCGGUUGGAGGGUCGGAAACGUUGCACUAUGGCAGAUAGAUUUUUCGAUCAUAAUAGCCCUCCCACCAUUUGCUGGAAUUGGAAGCAUUAUCCGAAUAAUGGCCUUGAAGUGGACGAGCUCAUUCAGUGUCAUCGAGUUCUUUCGGGAGUUCAGCUUAGCGGCCGAGAGGAUUCUUGGGCCUGGAACCAGGAUUCGGGUGAAGACUUCUCGGUUAAGGAAGCCCGAAAAUGGAUAAAAGGUAGCGAUUCUAGUGUAGAUAAUACGAUUUAUAAUUGGUGCAAGUGGAUCCCGAGCAAAUGUAAUAUAUUCAUGUGGAGGGCUAGCUUGGAUAGAAUCCCCACCAAAAAUGCCCUCCUUCAUCGAAAUGUCAAUGUAGGAGAUGGUUUAUGCGGAUUGUGUGGGGAUAUCGACGAAAUGGUUGACCAUUUCUUUUCGGGUUGUAGGGUAGUGUGUGAAGUUUUGGAUGCUAUUGCUUCUUGGUGCAAAAUUCCACGAUUCUUUGUGUUUUCUCUAUCCGAUGUGUUACAUAUUACAGAUCAAUUGAUUUAUCCAUCGAAAAAGAAGAAGAUAAUCUACGGCAUCAUCAUUAUCGUGUGUUGGCGAAUUUGGAAGGCAAGGAACGAAAAGGUUUUCAACAGAGUGGAUUCGAAUGUAGUUCACAUUGUUUCGGAUGUGAAGUCUUUGGGUUUCAUAUGGUUUAGAAGUAGACACAAGGAGGGUUCGAUAGAUUGGAGAAAUUGGUGUAAUUUUAUUUUCCCGUUGAUGUAA